GUGUCGCUGCAGUAAUUGAAAACGCCGCCAGCCUGCGCUAGCGAAAGAGAAGUGAUGCGGGUCAUGUGACUGAACAGCUGCCGGGAAUAGCAGUGAGUGAGGCGCCCGAACUGUGCUCCCAAAGUGACUGCUGAAGAUAUUGUGUGUAUGUGGCCAGUGGCGCUUGGGAUGGGGCACUGGCGGGACGUGCUGAGCUGGCUGCGCUGGCUUCUACUCCUCCUCAGCAUGGCCUGUGUGUCAGUACAUACGACUACUGACUUUCUGCAGCACUGGCCAGUGCCCUACAAGCGCUUUGAAUUUCGUCCAAAGAAUGAUCCAUACUGCCAGGCCAAGUACACGUUUUGUCCCACGGGCUAUGCAGAUGGUUCCAUCCCGGUAACGAAGAAUGAGGACAUCAUCCAGGUUUUCCGACUUCAAGCUCCUGUUUGGGAAUUUAAAUAUGGAGACCUUCUUGGACAUUUUAAAAUCAUGCAUGAUGCCAUUGGAUUCAGCAGCUCUUUAACGGGUAAAAACUACACUGCAGAGUGGUAUGAGCUUUUUCAGCUCGGAAACUGCACUUUCCCUCACCUCCGGCCAAACAUGGAAGAGCCAUUCUGGUGUAAUCAAGGAGCAGCCUGUUUCUAUGAAGGAAUCGAUGAUAACCACUGGAAAAGCAAUGGCACUUUGGUUCCAAUAGCUACAAUGUCAGGUGCCAUAUUUAAUAGCAUGGCAAAAUGGCUAAAAGAAGAUAAUGACACUGGGAUAUAUUAUCAGACUUGGAAUGUCAGGGCAUCCCCGGAGUUCAAUUCAUCUGUGUGGUUUGAUUCAUACGACUGUGCCAGCUUUGUGCUUAGAACGUACCAGAAGCUGUUUGAGCUUGGAGCCACAUUUAAUAGGAAAGUACAAACCAAUUAUACACGUUUACUCUUGUACAGUGGAGAACCAACUUAUCUAGGAAACGGUACAAUGAUUUUUGGGCAGCAUGGGAAUAAAUCAUUGGCAUUAGACAUUCAGAAAUUUUACAUCCUUUUUAGACCUCAUCAGUCUUGGAAAGAGCUUUUCUUAAGCAUUUUGGAUAUAUACUACAAGGUUACCAUGGAUAAAAUGUUUUACUUCUUUUUUAAUUUUGAAUAUUGGUAUUUACCUUUGAAGUUUCCAUAUAUCAAGGUAGUAUAUGAUGAAAUCCCUCUGCCGUCUUAAAAUUAAUUUUUUUCUUAAUUAUAAUGGACUUAUCUUCUAUAAAAGUGCCUAUGCGUUACCUGCUCAUUUGUAAACUGCACUUUUUAACUCAAGCUUUCACUAAAAAAAAGUGUUUCCAUUAAAUAAAUUUACAAUUGCAUAAGAGCGAAGUGC